AGUGGUUACAUACUCUUUGCGUGAUAUGACAGUGACAGUAACAAUAAUGUGCAUUGAUCACUCAGUCGGUGUAUUUGUUUCAAUGUUAUAUUAAUCAGAUUUUAUUCACUGCGUAACUUUUUGCUAGUUUAUGAUUACUAAAACAAACUUCAAUAUUUUUAUAUGGACAAGAAAUAAUAAUGGCUACUGGAAAUUUGAAUCUUUUACGCAAUGCCUUAAGUAAACUAAGAAUUGAUCAUGUGUUCACUAGAUCUCUUCAACGUCCAAGGUACCGACCCCCGUAUUGGUAUGCACCUAAGGAAAGCGCGACCCCAGAUGAAUUUCUCACUCAAGAAAACAAACAGUUCAUUGAAGAAGUAAUGCAGGAUAAAAUGCAGCUACAGAAUUCGUUACAAUCACCUCUAGUAAAUAUUGACCAAAAUCAAACAUCUGCAUGGAAUCCAAGAACGCGUAGAGUAGGACUUAUAGCUCGUAAAAUUGGCAAUUAUCCUCUUUGGACUAAAGAUGGGAAAAAAGUCCUUACAACUCUGUUGCAGGUUGUAGAUAACCAUGUUGUAAAGUAUAUCCCACCUGAGGAAUUUAAUCCCAUGAAAACUUCAUCUGUUCAAUGGAAAGAAAAACGGAAAUUGGGAUGUAUGUUAGUUGGAUCUGAGACCAUAGAUCCCAGCACUGUCACAAGAGAAUACUGUGGCUUAUUUAAUAACGCAGGCAUGCUACCCAAGAGACAUCUAUUUAGGUUCAUGGUAUCACCAGAAUCUUAUAUUUCACCAGGAACACCAUUAUUUGCAACACAUUUUAGGGUAGGAGACUACAUUGAUGUAAGAGCUAAAACAAUGGACCGAGGAUUUCAAGGAGUAAUGAAGCGAUGGGGAUUUAAAGGUAUGCCAGCAUCCCAUGGUGUCACAAAAACUCAUAGAAGACCUGGAAAUAUUGGUUCUGGUGGUGAGAAAGCAAGAGUAUGGCCCGGUACUAAGAUGCCUGGACAUAUGGGAAAUAGAUGGCGAAUUCUACGUGGUGUCAAAAUCCUGCGUAUAAAUACACAAUAUAAUGUUAUCUGGACUUUAGGUGUAGCAAUACCGGGAGAAACAGGAGCAAUGUGUUAUUUAUUUGAUACAGUUCUUCCACUGAAAAAACAUUCAACAUCGCCUCCUUUUCCCACACAGCCAUUAGUCGAAGAUUUACCGUUAGAAUAUUUUGAUGAGUCUGUCCAACCCUUUGAUGAACGUUCUAUAACUUUUGAAGAAGUUUAAGUAAUAUAAGUUAAUAUUAUAGCAUAUAUUAUGUAUUGCAAUAGAAAACUUAAUAGAAUACAGUA